AUGUCUCACCAAACCCCUCGAGUGGACCCUUCACGCAUUGGCACCAGUAAUUACAGUGUGUUUCGCCUAAUUGGGAAAGUUACUGCACAGCCAAGCCAAGAUGAGAUCACAAUACAAUCGCCUACUUCCAAUGGGGGGAUGAUUACGCUAUCUUCAGUUCGUGUGUCUCAGUUAACUAAAUUUAAAAUUGAUGUCUGGUACGAAUUUCUAUGUAGGGCUAAUGAUACAGGGGAUGCUGGAUUCCUGGUCCUAGAUGUACUGGAACUGCCGCUUACAGAUGGUGAGCAACUGAGUAUAGACGGUGUCGUUGCUCUCCAGAACCUUACCGAAAAGUUUCCUGAAAUGUACUAA